AAUUACAUAGUCAAGAUGCGCCCUCUAUCGACUCAUAAAUGUCACUUCCGCAAACAAUAAUGGGCAGGGUACGAGAUAGGAAAUACAGACCUACUUAAUGAUUUGAUCCGUAAUUGAAGGUUUUAAGAAUGGGGGAUCACGGAAUAGGUGAGAAGAUCACGCUGACGGAUGCUCUUCAGAAUGUUGACGUCUUGGAUGAGCUUCCCCUCCCUGAUCAGCAGCCAUGCAUCGAGGGAAUGUCCCUCUCCAUACAGUACCAGGCCAACUUCGACACAAACUUUGAAGACCGAAGUGCAUAUGUGACAGGAGUGGCAAAAUACAUAGAAGAGGCAACUGUCCAUGCAGACCUCAACAAGUUGCUGGAGGAGGGACAGGAGUAUGCUGCUAUGCUGUACACAUGGAGGUGCUGUUCUAGAGCCCUGCCACAGGUUAAAAGUAAUGAGCAGCCGAACCGGGUGGAGAUUUACAACAAGAUUGUAGAGGUUCUAGACCCACAAGUCUCAAAGUUAAUGGACCUCAUGUAUUUCACAAAAAGAGCAAUAGAAAGAUUUGGAAAUGAAGUGAAAAGGCUUUGUCACAGGGAAAAAAGAAAUGAUUUUGUCUCUGAAGCUUAUCUGCUAACAUUAGGGAAAUUCAUCAACACAUUUGCUGAGUUGGAUGAACUUAAAAACAUGAAAGCUAGUGUCAAGAAUGAUUAUUCAGCAUAUAGAAGAGCCGCCCAGUUUUUAAAAGUAAUGGCAGACCCCCAGUCUCUUCAAGAAUCUCAGAAUCUCUCUAUGUUUCUGGCUACCCAGAACAAAAUCCGUGAUAUGCUGAAGGAGAGUCUAGAAAUCACACCGGGGUACGAGGAACUCCUGGCUGAUGUUGUGAACAUCUCCGUACAUAUGUACGAAAAUAGGCUCUUCUUGGAACCCUCCGAAAAACACAUGCUGGUUAAGGUCAUGGCCUUUGGAUUAUUCCUGAUGGACAAUAAAGAAAACAGUAUUUACAAAAUGGAUGGCAAAAAGAGAGUGAAUUUGACUAAAAUAGAUAGAAUAUUAAAGCAACUAGAAGUUGUCCCCCUUUAUGGAGACAUGCAGAUCAAACCUUACCAUUACAUUCAGAAGAGCUUGAACUUUGACCCCUCCAGAUGGACAUUUUGUGAGUCCAGCCAACUUAGCCCCCAGUCUAAUCUGUUGGCAAAUCUUGAGGCCAUAAGAGAGGACCAUAUGGCAUACAUCAGCCAGUUGGCAAGACAUAGCAAUGAGGCCAUCACGACUACGCGUGAGUGCCCGCGGACCGACGGUGAGAACAAGGAGCUGAGUGACCUGGCCCUGCGGGGACUUCAUCUGAUGUCGGCCUGGACCCAGCAGGUCAUGGAACUGUACUCGUGGAAAUUGCUGCAUCCCACUGACACCCACCAGAAUCCAGAAUGUCCACAAGAUGCCGAGGAGUAUGAAAGAUCCACCCGAUACAACUACAGCAGUGACGAAAAAUUUGCCAUUGUUGAAGUAAUAGCCAUGAUUAAGGGGCUACAACUCUUGAUGGCCAGAAUGGAAUCAGUAUUUCUGGACGCCAUUAGGAGACAUAUUUAUGCAGCCUUACAAGACUUCGUUCAACUUGGUUUAAGAGAUCCACUCAGGAAAGCCAUUAGAAAGAAAAAUGAUGUCAUCAAAGUAUUGAUUCUCUCAGUGCGAGACACCUGUGUUGAUUGGAUGAGAGGAGUAGAGCCCCAUGAUGACCCUGCCAUGAAGGGUAAAAAAGAUCCAGAUGAGGGAUUCACCAUCAAAGUCCCACGCAGAAAUGUUGGUCCUUCAACUACACAGCUGUAUAUGGUGAGAACCAUGCUGGAGUCCCUGAUUGCAGACAAGAGUGGGGGUAGCGGCAAGAAGACCCUGAGGAAGGACAUAGAUGGACAGCAUUUGAUGGCCAUUGACCAGUUUCAUAAGGACUCGUUCUACUGGAACUACCUCCUCAACUUCAAUGAUUCGCUGCACAGAUGUUGUGACCUAUCUCAGCUUUGGUACAGAGAAUUCUUCUUGGAAAUGACCAUGGGAAAAAGAAUACAGUUUCCCAUUGAAAUGUCCAUGCCCUGGAUUCUCACAGACCAUGUUCUAGAAACAAAAGAUGCUUCCAUGAUGGAAUACAUCCUUUAUCCCUUGGAUCUGUACAAUGACAGCGGCCACUAUGCAUUGACCAAAUUUCAUAAACAGUUCCUCUACGAUGAGGUGGAAGCAGAGGUGAACCUCUGCUUUGAUCAGUUUGUUUACAAACUCAGUGAUCAAAUCUUUGCUUACUACAAACACUUAGCUGGAAGUAUUAUGCUUGACAAACGAUUUCGAGCUGAAUGUGCCAGCUUUGGAACAAAAAUCCUCUAUCCAGUUGCCAAUAGAUACCAGACUCUUUUGAAACAGAGGCACGUUCAGAUUUUGGGUCGUUCCAUAGAUCUGAAUCGUCUGAUUGGACAGAGGGUCAACGCCUCCCUACAAAAGGCUCUAGAUGUUGCUAUAUCCAGAUUUGAAGGGGGAGAGUUGACAGGCAUUGUUGAGCUGGAAGGUUUGGUAGAGUGUAACCGGCUGGCCCACAAACUGAUGAACAAGUUCAUCUCACUGAACGAUUUUGAUGCCAUGAUGAGGGAGGCCAACCACAACGUCUCGGCGCCCUAUGGCCGAAUCACCCUCCAUGUGUUCUGGGAGGUCAACUACGACUUCCUGCCCAACUACUGCUACAAUGCUGCCACCAACAGAUUUGUCAAGACGGUUUUGCCAUUCGCCCCAGCUAGUCAGAGAGAGAAACAACCCAAUCCAUCUUACUCUUAUAUUUGGGGCACCAAGGCCUUGACCACAUCAUUCAGUGCAAUAUAUGGGCUCUACCACAGCUUUGUUGGAGUCCCUCACUUCAGAUCCAUGUGUCGUCUGCUUGGAUAUCAGGGAAUAGCAGUUGUCAUAGAGGAGCUGCUCAAAAUUGUUCAAGCUUUGUUGAAAGGAACUCUAAUGGACUAUGUGAAGACAUUGAUGACUGUGAUGCCCAAUGUGUGUCGUCUUCUCAGAUACGAUUAUGGUUCCCCAGGUGUUAUGGGCUACUAUCAGGCUCAGCUUGCUGAACUGAUUCAGUACCCUGAUUUGAGGACAGAGGUCUUCCAAAGCUUCAGAGAAGUAGGAAAUGCCAUCCUUUUCUGUAUGUUGGUGGAACAAGCACUGACCCAGGAGGAGGUGUGUGACUUGAAACACGCGGCGCCGUUCCAGAACAUCAUCCCCAAGCCCUUCAUACCAAUAAAAGAGGGCGAUAACCGGAAGGAGAAAGAACAGGAACUGAAGACGUUGAUGAAGAGGCUGGAGGCCAAGUACGCCGCACUCCAAGUGGUCCCCGUCAUCAGCAAGCUCGGCAGUCCACAGCAAGCAGACAUAGCUGCCGAGGGUGACCUACUUACCAGGGAGAGGCUGUGCUGCGGCCUGUCCAUGUUUGAGAUUGUGCUGAGCCGGAUCAAGACGUUCGUGGAGGACCCGAUCUGGCAGGGCCAGCCUCCCGGCAAUGGCGUCAUGAAUAUUGACGAAUGCUCUGAGUUCCAUCGUCUGUGGAGCGCGAUUCAGUUUGUGUUCUGUAUGCCGGUCAGGGAAAACGAGUAUUCCAUCGAAGAGCUGUAUGGGGAAGGACUGAACUGGGCAGGUUGCGCUCUCAUUGUCCUGUUGUCACAGCAACGGAGGUUUGAGGCGUUGGAUUUCUGUUACCACGUUCUCAAGGUCAACAGGGUGGAUAUGAAGGACGAAAAUGUCAAAGGCAUUCAAUUAAAGAAGAUGGUGGAUCGUAUAAGAAAGUUUCAGAUUCUGAACAAUCAAAUCUUCGCAGUUUUGAACAAAUACUUAAAAACAAGUGACUCUGACAGUAUCCCAGUGGAACACGUGCGCUGCUUCCAGCCGCCCAUACACCAGUCGCUAGCAACAACCAUAUAAUGGCAACAUCGGGAUUUAUAUCAACCGCAAUUAACCACUGAAAUAAGAUACUAGUUUUCAAUAGUAUUCUUAAAUGUGUCUGUCGUUUGACAUUUUAUUUAAAAAAGACCAUUGAAGAAGGCAGCAAAGUGAGCACAAGUCAACAGAGGGGGUACCAGUUUACAGCAUAAACCCAACAGCGUGCAGAGAAAUAGUUGUGUUGUCUUCCCUAUAUAAAAGUCUUCUAUCCUUACAAAAAAAAAGUGCUGAACAAUUGAAGGGUUUUGUGAUUAUGAUAUAUGUAUAACUUGACACCAAGUGACAUAAUAAAGUGAUAUACAAUUUGUGUAUUGCAUGCUCUGUAAACGUGUACAAUUUUUAUACGAACUAGACAACCGGUAAUCAACCAUGUGUAAUGAUAUAUGAUAACGAAAUAAAAUCAUAAAUAUAC